AUGGAGGAGGAGGGGUUCCUGGAGGUGCGGUGCGCGGGGUGCGGAGAUACGCUGGAGGUGGAGCGCGGCCUGACGGAAUUCGCCUGCCCCAGCUGCGCCACGCCGCAGGCGCUCCCGCCGGAGCUCAUGCCUCCGCCGCCGCCGCGCCCGCGGCGCGCGCUUCCUCUCGGCCUCUCCGCCGGGCCCGCGCGGGUCCCGUGCGCUGGAUGCGGCGCCGUGCUGGCCGUGCCCCGGGGCACCCGGCGCCUCCUCGCGUGCCCGCUCUGCGGCGCCGAGAUUGACAUCGACGGCCGCGAGCGCUUUGCUGCCUACAGCGGUGUUCAGAUCAUUUCGCCGCCGGGAACUGUCGUGCUCGCUGCCACGUCCUCACGGCUGCCGGAGGAAGAGACCAUAAGCCGGGCAGUUCAUGUAGGACAAGUGCAAGUAGGAAGCCACAAUAUUCAUAGAGGGGAGUCACCCGUUAGGUUAGUCAAUGAAACUGUUGAAGGGGGUGAUUUUAGGAAGAAAUCUAGGCCAUCAACUGUUCCUAGAUCUGUUUGUGUAGACAAUGUAACAGUGGAACUGGAACAUUCUAGAGAGGAGGCGCAUGGAGAGAAUGGAAGUGGUUCCAUUAGAAGAUUUGGAAUCCAAAAGGCUACAUAUGCCAUUUCUGGUAUUGCGGAGCAGGAUACAGUAGAGCCCCCAAUUCAAACUGCUUGUGCUGAACCGGUGGAAGUCCAGUCGUGUGGUAACACUACUGGAUGGAAUCUGAAGAGGAGAAAGAGCAGCGAAACUACUGCCAAGAAUCAAAAUGGGAAAAAAGGGGAUUUGAGUUCUUCAAGAGAACAUCUUUCACACAGUAAGCUUGUGCAGCCACAAGGUAAGAGAGACAGGGAUCCUAUCCAGCAGAUAGCUUCUUCUCCAGAUGAAAAUCAAUUUGAUCCUUCAGAUAUUGACAGAAUCAUCACCAGGCUGUGCCCCAGUGCCUUGCCUGAGAAGCAGGUAUCGCAGGCAAGCUCAGAUGACUUGAACAUUGAUGCAACCUUGCCACCUAUCUCCACCAAUCAUUGUAUAUUUCAAAGUGACUGCUUCCCAGACAGACAGCACCAAGCCAUGGCUACAGGUUCUCUUGCUAACCAGGGCUUUUGUUCAGUACAAGCGCAUGAAAUGCCUCAGGAAUGUUUAAAUGGCAUAGUUCCUUCUGAUAAAAGUAGCAAACAGAAGCAGAAUCCACCGGCUGAUAUUCUGCACAGGCAAUAUGUACAAGAAUACCCCAGCCAUGACAGUCAGUCAGAGGAGGCGCAAGUUGGGUUUAAUAACCACAACAAAUAUUCAGGUCAUUACAAGAAUACAGCAAAGGGGUCUAGGAAUUUGUCAACUGAGGGGGAUUAUUUUGCGGAACAACACCACACUAGUACCAACCAGAGAGUGGACGCUACUACUUCUACACCUCUGCCGACUGCCACUCCCUUGCCUGUUGCAACUCCAACUUCUGUUGUCUCAAGACCACCAGUUCAGCGAUCACCACCUCAAUACAAAUCAUUAGAAGCUCACCAUUCCCAGGGUGCACAAUCUGUUGGCAUAGGAUCUAUAAACAGACCACCCAAAAAGCGCGGGGGACGGGGCCCAACAAAACUCAUCGAACCACGUAGGGAAGCAUACAGGCCUGUGCUAACUCCAAAUAACAUUGACGGCACCUGGGAUGUAGAACCUCCUUGUUCCAAGGUGGCCUACACCAUCUCUACGCUUCUCAAGCAGUGGCACCCAGGAUCGACCUACGUGCCAGCUAAUCAACUCGCAAAUGAAGUGCACCACGAAGAAUUGAUUCUCCAUUGGCACCAGUAUCAUUCAGAUACAAGGGCUAUUAUUUUGGAUGAAUUCCUUCAACGCUACAAGUGGGGCCCUGGGCAAGAAGCAGAGUGUCUGAAGUUAUUUGAACGCAAAGUAGUCAGACAAUUCAAUUCAAUCCUGUGUGAUGAGAAGCGAAGGGCUAGGGUGAAAUUGGUUGCAUCAAGGAAAUCUAAGGAAGCGUUGGAUGCUGCCAGGUCCAAAAAGACAAAUUUGGCUGGGAAAGAGUUGAAGCAGCAGCACAGAAAUCCAGCUUCAGCGGGGAGUGAGGAUGAUGACCCGUUGCAGUGGAAGCCUUUCCCCCCUGAAUGGAUGCAACCAAAGUGGUGGGAAAUGCUAUGUGAGCACUGGGUUUCAGAAGAAGUCCUGCAAGUCUCGGCCCAGAAGAGGAAAAACAGAUACACAGGAGGUUCUGCCCAGCACACGGCAGGCUCGCGGAGCAUAGCCAUGCAUCGAAAACUUAUGAUAAUAGAAAAUGGUGGGAAGCCAGUAUCAGAUAUCGAAGUAUUCAAUAAGACCCACAAACACAAUGGUGGUAAGGGAGAAUUUGUCACUGAGAAAGCUAAGAAAACCAUGGAGCGCUUCAAACGUCAUUUGGAGGCAGGUGAUACUGAAGUAGAUCUCAAUCUUGUAUGGGCACAGCAGGCGGCAGGGGGGCGGAAACGAGGGAGGUACUAUAGACUCCAGGGCAUCAUUGACAAAGCCCGAAUCGGUGCCAUGGCAAAAUCCACCCCAGGUUGUGUAGAUGAAGUAACAAAGAAAGAGAUGUUCACACAGGACCAGGUGCAGGAGAUGAUUAGUCAGGCAGCGCAGCAAUUAAAUGAAGCUUGGGAGAAGAGAUUUCAGUCCUUGGAGCAAAGGAUGCAAGGCACGAUGUCCUCGGAAGCUCCUCAGCAUAAUCCAUUGCCUCGUGGUGCCCAACCAGUGGCUGAGGACCAGGCAUCACACCAGGAUGCCUCAGACUCUUCACAUGGAGGAUCGUACCAAUCCACAGCAGACGAUGACGAGGAUGACGAAGACUAUGUUGUUAACUAG